AUGGCACACUUCAAUGUCUCUUUCCAUGAUAUGCUCAUGGUAUGUGCAGAGAAGUGGGCUGUGUAUCUGGACCAAAAGCACAAGGUGCAGGCCCUAGUUCAAUGCAAGACAGCAGACUACAACCUUAGGCUGAUCCAGUCCAUCAGACAGGAAGGAAGAUCCGCAGCACGCAAGUUUUGGACAUACGUCAGGUCCUUGGACAGGGCCGCCCCCCCGCCACCUCCACUCGUAGAUGCGGCAACGGGGCAGCCGGUCACCGAGCCGUGUGAAUACAUUACACAGCACUUCUCCCGGAUUUUCGGGGCCUCAGGCCUGACUACGAUUACCCCCCUUACUGAAGAGGAGGCAGCCAGUCCCAAUACUGAACAGUCUCCAGGCCAGGAAGAACCACCCUGGGCCUUCUCAAGGCUCACAGUUGAACGGGCUUUGAAGCGGGUUAGGGCCCGAACGGCCACUGGCCCCGACGGCAUGCCAGCGCGCGUACUGAAGUGCUUGGGAGAGGACUCGAGGGAACAGCUCGCAGAGAUCCUCACGGCCAUCAUCGAAGGCGAGCCCAUCCCCAAAGAAUGGCAUGAGGGCAGUGUGAUUCUUAUCCCCAAACGGGGCGGUGAUGCGAGAAACAUAGAGGACUACAGGCCAAUAACGGUCACCAGCGUUAUGUAUCGCGUAUUCGCGGGAGUGAUCAAAGCAUGGUUGAGUGGCUGGGCGGAGACCAAGGGACUACUGACCGAGCUCCAGAAUGGCUUCAGACCAGGCAGACGGCUGGAUAACAAUCUGUUCGUCGUCACGCAAUGUGCAGAAAUAGCCCGAAAGGAGGGGAGGACGUUGUUGUGCUGCUUUCUGGAUGUUGAAAAAGCGUACGAUAACGUGCCCCAUGGUCCUCUAUUCGCAUGCUUAUCUGACCUUGGACUACCACAACUGCUGAUCUCCACUAUACGACGGAUGUACAGCGACAAUGUAGUGAGUGUGCAGUUGGGUGACAUAAUCACUGGCCCUAUUCGUGUAAAUAAGGGUCUGAGGCAGGGCUGCCCACUGUCGCCAUUGCUGUACAUCCUGUACGCAUCCAGACUAGAGUGGGCCUUGCUGAACUUAAACCUUGGAUUCAGCAUGCGUUUCAGCACAACUAGUGCCAGCGAGAAUCACCACCUGCCUGGUUUGGCUUUUGCGGACGAUCUCGUUCUUAUGGCAGAGAGUCACCAGGAGCUGCAAUCCCUCCUCGACAUCUGCCAGACAGAAAUCAUUAGUCUUGGACUCCGAUUCAACAUAAAGAAAUCAGCGGUUGUCCGACUAGCUGGAGGGAGCACCAAUGCAGCGGCGUUGACCUUGGGAGGAGAACCACUGGCCGCACGCAACGAGUACAGGUACCUUGGAGUCACACUGUGUGUGGAUGCAGCGAAGUACAGACUGCACGAGACCAAGAUUCGACAGGCUGCGCUGCAGGCUCAACGAAUCCUCCGUCGUCGAUGCCUCUGGCGUUGCAACCGCUUCCAAAUGAUCCGCGACCUAUGGAAAAUGGUUCACGUGCCGGGCCUGACGUUUGGAAACGCGGUUGUGUGCAUAUCGCCAACGACACGUGAGUGGUUGGAGCGUCAACAACGAGAGGUUGGUCGUGCGGCGCUCGGUGGCCAUGGUCGAGUUGCCAACGAGGCGGUACAGGGGGACGUCGGAUGGUCCAGCUUUGAAGCUCGGGAAGCCGCCAGCAAGAUUGUCUACCGGGGUCGUCUCAUGCUCAUGCGACGCAUUCGGUGGGCGCGCCGCGUGUUGGAGUAUCUUUCGGCGACAUGCAUGAGGACUGACUGGACACGACGACUGUACCAGCUGGAGAAGAAGUAUGGCUUCUUUGCAGAAGCCAUCCCUACUGAAACUGCGGCUAAGUGGGCGGUCGAGGUCCGCCUGCGAGUCAGGGAAGCAGAGGACAUCCGAUGGAGAAAGGCUAUGGAGGCCAAGUCCACCCUCGAGCGCUACAGGAAAUAUAAGGAGAGCAUCAGUGGGUCGCACUUCUACGACAACAGUAUUGUCAGCAGCCUCCUGUUCGAGGCGAGAGCUGGGGCUCUUCGCACUCUUGAGUACCGCAGAAGGUUCGACGACGAUGUAGUCAGCAGCCUGUGCAGAGUUUGCGCUGUAGAGACGGAGACGCAGGAGCACCUCGUUCUUCGAUGCAGGAGUCUCCCAACUGCUCCGGUGGAGGGCGCAACCCUCCCACAGGCGCUGGGGUUUCAAGUGCUCGAGGAAGAUGGCAGCAGUGACGGUGGGGGUGGACGAUACGUGGUGGCAGUCACGAAAAGGCGGCUUUCCGAGUGGUGGGCAAAGGUACGACGGACUUAA